AGUCAUAGCACACGUGUGUUGACGAUGGCAGACUCAGGCGAGAAAAUCAGCAAGAAGUUGUUGGUGUUCUAGAGGCUAGGCCUGUGACAGUGUGUUUACUGGGGGGCUGUAACAGUUUGAUCUGAAGUCACUGGAGGAUGCUAUGUUAUCUUCAAGGCUCCUGUCGUUUGUCAGUCAAAAAACUCUGCGGGCAGCAAUCCCACAAUUCCUUCUGCUCACUCAGCGACCGUGCCCUUCCUUGUCGUCUUUGGCCAUUUGUAGAAAGAUCUCAAGCGAGCAGAAGCGGCGACUCAAGGCCGAGCAGAAGGCCAAGGAAAAGGCGGAGAAAGCAGAGAAGGAGGAGCAAGCUGCAGCGGCAGAGGCAAAGCCUCCACCCAUUGAUGAGGCUCAGAUUGACCCUAAUGAGUAUUUCAAGCUGCGUUUAGCCCAGAUUACUGAACUGAAACAAAAGGGAGAAAACCCUUACCCUCACAAGUUUCAUGUAACCUUGUCGCUGGAGGAUUUCAUCAGCAAAUACAAUGAUACGCCAUCUGGGGAGAUUUUAGAGGAUGUAGACGUCAGUGUGGCAGGGCGUAUACAUGCCAAGAGGGAAGCUGGCCAGAGAUUGAUAUUCUACGAUCUGCGGGGUGAGGGACUGAAGAUUCAAGUCAUGGCAAAUGCAAAGUACUAUUCAUCCGAAGAAGAGUUCCUGAAGGUGAAUGAGAUCCUAAGGAGGGGCGACAUACUAGGUGUGAGAGGCAUGCCAGGGAAGACCAAGAAGGGUGAAUUAAGCAUUGUACCAAAGUUGCUUCAGUUGCUGUCUCCCUGUCUUCAUCAACUUCCCCAUUUGUAUUAUGGAGUCAAGGAUAAGGAAACUCGAUACAGACAGCGGUACCUGGACUUGAUUAUAAACGAACCAGUCCGACAAAAGUUCAUCACACGAGCAAAGAUCAUCAACUAUGUUCGCAGAUUUUUUGAUGACCAAGGAUUCUUGGAGGUGGAGACACCAACCAUGAGCAUGAUUCCAGGGGGUGCCACUGCCAAGCCGUUUAUCACUCAUCACAACGACUUGAACAUGGACUUGUAUUUGAGAGUUGCACCAGAACUUUACCACAAGAUGCUGAUUGUAGGGGGACUGGAUAGAGUGUACGAAGUUGGGCGUGUGUUCAGAAAUGAGGGAAUUGACCUGACCCAUAAUCCUGAGUUCACCAGCUGUGAGUUCUAUAUGGCGUAUGCCGAUUACAAUGAUGUCAUGGAGAUGACUGAGGCCCUGGUUGCAGGAGUGGUUGAGAACAUCACUGGCAGCCACCUGUUGAAGUACCACCCCGAUGGUCCUGACGGCGAAGAGGUGACUAUAGACUGUUCCCGACCCUUCAGGCGCAUCAAGAUGUUCCCAGAGCUUGAGCGUAUCCUCAAUGUGAAGCUGCCUGACCCUCAGACUCUGGAGACUGAGGAAGCUCGUAAACAGCUGGAUUCCCUGUGCACGAGGCUCGGGGUAGAUUGUCCCAAUCCAAGAACUGCAGCCCGCUUGCUGGAUAAGUUGGUAGGUGACUACAUUGAGCCAACCUGUGUGAACCCCACAUUUAUCACAGAGCACCCCACAGUCAUGGGACCUCUCGCCAAGUGGCAUAGGUCUCAGCCAGGCCUCACAGAGAGGUUUGAACUGUUUGUCAUGAAGAAAGAAUUGGUGAAUGCUUACACGGAACUGAAUGAUCCCGUGGUUCAAAGAGAGCGGUUCCAGGAGCAGACCAGAGCCAAGGCGGCAGGAGAUGAUGAGGCCAUGUUUGUGGAUGAGAACUAUUGCACGGCACUGGAGUAUGGACUUCCUCCUACAGGCGGGUGGGGAAUGGGCAUAGAUAGAUUGACCAUGUUCCUGACAGACUCCAACAACAUCAAGGAGGUGUUGUUAUUCCCAGCCAUGAAGCCAGAUGACCAGAAAAGUGCGCCUCAGAAGGAAGCUGCUGACUCGACAACAGGAAACAGCUGAAACUGGCCAUCUGUUUAAACUGUACUGUUAAUCUCUAUUUAAACCAUUGAAACAGUUGUUAAAAUUUUUGUAAAAAAAACCCAAAUAAGUGAUUUCAAUUGAAUACAUGAAUUAAUAAUGCAUUUGCUUGUUUCAACAGCUGAAGAAAAAUAUAUAGACAAAAAAAUGUUUUUAAAAUAUCACCAGUGCUUAAGAGAGGGGCAGGUAAGAUGGAUUUUCAGGAAUGGUGCAGUAUGCAAUAUAAGUACAUGGAUCUCCGCUUGUUACGCUGCAGAAUUAUAUUAGUUAUGUGGUUACACAGUGGUAGGAUACGGAGCUAUACAAGGGUUAUCAAAUUUAUCCUGCAAAAAAACCAUUAGCUCAGUGCAAAAAGACAGCCUAACAAAGGGAGAUAACCUAUGACGUCGGCUGCAGGAUACAGGAACAGACACGUCUCCAUGUGAUCGAUGCUGUCCAAUGAAGAGCGGCCUUUUUUGUCUGAUCUGGGAUGAAUGUUUAGUAUUUUAAUGAUUUAUAGUGAAAACUACCCAAACGCUAUGAGAAUGCUCGUAUUGCUUCUUUCGUUCAUUGUGCCAGGCAGGAUAUCUUAUUCUCAACAGGUUUGGUUGAUUGGAUAUCUCAAGUACAGAGUUGUCGAAUAAACAAACAGGACAACUGCAAUGCCUGUGUUGUGAGGAUCCAGCUUGGAUUGGCCGUAGAAUUACAAUUUAAUCAGUGCUUAUGUGUAAACAUUUCAGAACUGUUUUCCAGGUUUGUCUGUACACAUAUGUGACAUAUUCAUGGAUAAUAAAUUCUUUGGCAGCGUCAAACAGACGUUACUGUCAAGAUGAAUACAUUUUAAUAAAGUACUGUUGAUGUGAAACUCUUUUAUACACCUAUAUCAUUAUUUUUGCGUACGUGGGAAGGUCAUUCGGCAACCUGCGAAUGGUCGUAGGUUUACGGCGUAAAACACCAAACAAAAAAGUAAAUCAAUAAAUCAUUUUUGUUGUGCUUGGUAGGAGAAUUUUGUGGCUUUUUAAAUUUUUUUUUUGUGCUGGGAAAUAUUUCUCUUUAUAACAACAUUCAAGUUUGUACGUGGAGGAAUGAUUUUGAAAUAAAAUUCAGCUUUUUGUUGUAACUGAAAUGAUGGUUCGAGAAGAAUUCCUCUUGGGGAUAAUUUGGUCGGUGAAUUCAGCGCUUUAUUUUAUUAGUUACUUGGUUGCUUGGUGACAGGACCCCUCGUCCAGUAUUAUUAGUAUGAUUAUAGGCACCAUACAUUUGCGUAUCCUACUAGUAACUUAUCAAUGAGUAACCAUGUAAAGAAUGUAUUCUGUAAAUAUCUAUCAACUCAAUGCAGAAGACCGAUGUAUAGGUAUUUGCAAUCCGACAAAGGGAGGUAAACAUACAUGCACUCAAUAAACACACUUGACGACGUCUGCAGGAUUCAAAAUUUAUCCUCGUCACUUGCGGUUAGAUACAUUCUCGAAUCAUGAAGACGACGUCAAAUGUGUCUGCAGAGUAGGUUAUCUCCCUUCGUUGUGGUCCGACAAUCGUCACAUCGCUGAAGCCAUUAACCAAUACAUCGCUCUUCUGCACGUACACUAUCUCUGAGUCACCAUGUAGCGAAUUUAUCCCGCAAAGACCCAUCAUUUCAGUGCAAAUAUACAGUGUCAAUAAUCCUCAUACUGGGCUCGGCUGACAUGCUUCGCCCAACAUGAGGAUUAUUGACAGCAUAUAUUUGCGUAUCCUAUCGCUGAGUAACCAUGUAACUAAUAUUAUGUGCUGAAAAGCUGUUAAUGGUUUACAGUUUGUAAAAUAUCUGCUUACAUACAAGUAUUAUAUACUUGCAUGUUUCCAACAAUGCAGAAGUAAAUGGUUCCAAUAGAUUCCAAACCGGAGAGCUAUCGAAGUCUGGAC